CCAAGUGGCGCGCAGGCCCGAGGCUUGCGGUUCGCGCGCGGAUCUAGUCUGAUUACGCAGAGGCUGGCGAGCAAUGACAAAAGGCCAAAAAACUGAUUCGUGCAGUCUUGAGGCAAAUUUGCUAUGCCAGGUAUCAAAGCUGUGGAAUGGAAUGGUCCAGAGAGGUUUGCUUGUCAUAUCUUACAACAUUACAAAUGUCUGUUCUCCAACCGAUUUGGAACUCCACCACCAGGAAUCUAUGUAUCAAAAAUUGUUGGUCAAGAAGGCAAACCAACUUCCGUUCAAAGGAGAGGUCCAGACUUGUUGCUGCAAAUAACUACUGCACAGUAAAAUGCCUACAAAGAAGGAAAUUGCACUGAAGUUUAUCCUAGACCCAGUUACUGGAAUUGUCAACUCUGCAAAUUUAUGUACACAUUUCUCUUCCACUAUGAGUAGACUAAUUGUAUCACACAUUUGUCUGGCUUUCUGUAGCCUUCUACUUCUCAACUUUGCCACACAAUGUCUGGCUUUCCCCAAAAUGACAAGAAGGGAGACAGCACCUGUUCAUGAAGACAAAGGGCAGUCUGAAAGGAUGGACACAGAUGACCUAGGCUUCAUUACUUCAAAGUGUACUUCCCAGCUAGUGGUCUCCGAAGAUCCGGUGAUAGACUUAGUGGGACCAUCAACGAUAUCAAAUAAAGUAUUCCCUGUUAACAAAGAAACCCAUCCUAUAGGAGCUGGGCUUAUGCAGCCUGAGAACCCUGGCAUUUACACUGGGACUGAGACAGAGGUGCCAGCAGGGGAAAGAGUGUUUGGUUCCAGCCAACCAGAGAGAAUGUUUCCUGAAAGCCGACUUGCCAAGGUCAUGGUAACUGACCCUAUCACUGCAACUGCUUCUCCAAAUCCUGAUGAGAAGGAGGAACGCCUCAGUAGUACCAUCAUUCAGCCUGUGGUAGAAGGAACCACAGAGGCAACACAAGGUUUUCUGAAUGUGGGUUAUCAGUUGUUUGCAACUGAAAGUCAGGAAGGAGUUACUCUGGGACAUUCACCUUCAUCCUAUGUGAAUACUAAAGAAAUGUUAACCACCAAUCCUGAGAGGACUGAGAAAUUCGAAGCAGACACGGAGCAUAGGACAGCUUCUUUUCCUGGUGCUGAGCCCACAGCAGGCAUCAAGCCUGGAAGCCUCAUGCCAGAAGGGGAGGCGCCUUGGCAGAUGACAGCUGAUCAUGCACAGGCUACUGCUGCCAGGCACUGGCUCACAAGCUCUGAGCACACCCUGAGUGUUGGGCCAGAAGCUGGCAGCCUGCUGGGAGCCUCAGAAGUAACAGUGAGUGUCAGCACAGCUGUUCCAGCUGCCUCUAUUGUAAGCGAUGAGUGGGAUGACACCAAAUUAGAGAGUGUAAGCCAGAUAAAGACCCCAAAUCUUGGAGAUAAUGCAGAGUCUCAGGUGAGAAUGGAAACGUCUCAGAUAGCCCAAGUAACUGAUAACAGUAUGGAAAGAAUGGAAGGGGUCAAACCUUUGACAGAGGCUGCAGAUGUGGCUCUGGGGUUGCCUGUUGGGGAAACACUCACACGGACAGCCCUGCUAAUAGCACAAGGGGGUGAGAGAUCAUCUGCUUUCACCCAUCAAUAUUCCUUCACUCCCACAAGUACUAUGGAAAAUACAAAAGUCUCUGUUGCAAACCUAUUCCAAAACACUGCAGACUUCAUGGAAUCCACCAAAGAAAACAAGGCCAUCUUUUUCUUAGAGACCACUGUUUCCAUAUCAGAAUAUGAGUCUGAGGCAUAUCAACCAUUGGGAAAUGCAUCCAAAGACAUCAUCACUCAAGAGAUGACAACGGCUGUUGAUGAAGCAGAAACCACUUUAUCACUGGUGACACAAGAGCAGCGGGUUUCUACUCUCAAAGUUACCGGAGAAAAUGGCAAGACUGAGGAAGGGCAAGAGCCUCGUUCUGCCACAUCUGAUGUUCCUAGUGUUACUCAGCUGUUGAGAAGAUGGGAGCCUCUGGCCACUACCGUUUCCAUUACAGCUGUACCUCCGUCUUCCUCAGUGACCCCUGCUGUGCAAGACCUAAGGGACACAGUCACAGGGCCAAAGGAGGAGCUGUUCACACCAGUUUUGGGCUCUCCAGUGACACCCCCUGGACUAGUGGAGGAGGCACUCGGCAUUUCCCCAGAUCUUCCUGAUUCUGAGGCAUCCUCUGAGAGGAGACUUGUUGUUUCAUCCAUCAGCUAUGGCCUGGACCAACUUGAAUCUGAAGAGGGAGAAGGAGAUGAAGAGGAAGAGGAUGAGGAGGAAGAAGAUGAAGAAGAGGAAGACGAAGAGGAAGACGAAGAAGAUAAAGAUGCAGAUGCCCUGGGUGAAAGUUUGGGUGGUGACACUGAGCUGCCUGGGUUUACCCUCCCUGGCAUCACGUCUCAGGAGCCUGGCUUAGAGCAGGAAAACAUGGGCCCUUUGGAGGGAGCCACCUACCAGGUGCCAGAUGCCAUCGAGUGGGAGCAGCAGAACCAGGGUCUGGUGAGAAGCUGGAUGGAAAAACUAAAAGACAAGGCCGGCUAUCUGUCUGGGAUGCUGGUGCCCGUGGGGGUUGGGACAGCCGGAGCCUUGUUCAUUCUGGCAGCACUCUACAGCGUUAAGGUUAUGAAUCGUCGAAGGAGAAAUGGCUUCAAAAGACAUAAAAGAAAGCAGAGAGAAUUCAACAGCAUGCAAGAUCGAGUAAUGCUCUUAGCUGACAGCUCUGAAGAUGAAUUUUGAAUUGGACUGGAGUUUAAUUGGAAUAUUCAAUGAUGUAUUAUUUUAUUUUUUAUUUGUGGGAUCCCCCCAAUAAACAAUGUCCAGCCACAUUGCUGCUGCUGUAAGGCCAUCAGUCUUGUUAUCUGCUGGGUAGUAGAUUUUUCUUGUACUGAGCAGAAAAGGCAUGCUGUAUACUACAUGUAAUAUGUAGUGUCUGUUUUUAUUCUGUAGUGAAUUUUCCACAACCAUGGCCUACAGCUCAUAAAUAUAUAGCAUUCAUAUUGUUCAGUAGGAGUUGCUAGGUUAGGUGAAUAUUUUGUAUUUUUCCAUGGGGACUUUUCCUUGGUUUGGAUUACCGGCACUGUGUUUAACAAUUAUUGCUACCGAGGCACGCUGGACUGUGAAAUAGAAAUCUUAACAGAGAAUAACUUAACAGAGAAUGAUGACUGCAUUGUACCUUCCUGAAGCCGAAGGCUUGUAGGCCAUAGUACAUACUACAUUUGCAUCAAAACUAGCAGCAACUUGGAAUGAAAUCCCUUUCAUCAAGAAAAUCUCUCAGCCCAUUAGGAACAUGUGUAGAUUUGUAUGUAAUUGCAUUCUGUACUUAAGUCUCCCAGUUUUAUUAUUUUCCACCUUUUUUAUUUUCAUUCUUGACAAGGAAAAAAAAAGCACCAGAAAUAAUACAUUAAACUGACUCUCA